AUGCGGCCAGCAGAAUCAACCUCCCAUCCCUACAUCCUAGAGACAUCCCGGGGCUCGCUCAAGGGCGUGGAACAACGCAACCUUGAGGGAACACCAAUUCUUUAUCGCUUUACCAAAGUCCCCUACGCACUGCCACCCACGGGGCCCCGUCGCUGGCGUCGCCCCCAGGCAUUACCACAGGACUUUACAUUCAACAACCCGCAAGGCGCUCCAGGGGACUAUACACGUUUUGGGCCCAUCUGCCCACAACCGCACUAUGACCAUGGCUCGAUCGCCAUUGCGAAUCCGAAUGCAGCUCCGCCCGUCAAGAACGAGCAGGACGAAGACUGCCUCUAUCUGAACAUCUGGGUACCGGCUUCGCCUCCUCCAAACAAGAAAGGGUGGCCGGUGCAGUUCCACAUCCAUGGCGGCUGGCUCCAGGUCGGCGACGCCCUACAGCAGAACGACUCAGACCCCUUUGACCUGAUCGCACACACGACGCCGCGCAUCAUCGUCUCACCCACCUAUCGGCUCAACCUGUUUGGCUUCCUCGCCGGGUCACAUCUCGCCAGCCUCAAAGAAGAUGCCUCGCCGUCCAAUUACGGCUUCUGGGACCAACGUUGUGCGCUGGAGUGGGUGGCUCAGAACAUCGACCUGUUCGGCGGCGACGCGUCCAAUAUCACCGUGGGAGGCCUGUCGGCGGGUGCCAACAGCACUUUCUUCCAGCUGAAUUACGACACGCUCUUGCCCCCGGAACAGAGACUGAUCCGGCGAGUCUACCUGUGGUCCAAUGCAGUGGCGAUCCAGCCGAACCCGACCACCUCGCCGGUGUUGACGCAGCAGUUCGACGAUCUCUGCGAAAAGUUCGGCAUUCCCGCGUCCAGCAGCCCCCGCAAGAAACUUGACCGGCUUCGCCAGAUCCCGGCCAAGGACCUGAUCGCGUCGCUGGCCACGAUGAAGAUGCACACCUUCCGCGCCUCGACCGACGACUGUUUCAUCCCCGCCACCUUCCUCGCGGCGCAGCACUCUGGGUCAUUCACGACGCGCCUCGCCGAGAACGACAUCUCGGUCGUCCUCGGCGAGGUCUGCGACGAGAAGGAGCUCUACAAGAUCGUCAAUCCGCCCUCGUCGUACGAUGGCCUCAUGACCCAGUUGGCCAACUACUAUCCCGCACACGUGGUCCAGGCCCUGCUGCCGCUAUACUCGCUGCCACAGCGCAGCUCCACCAACGCGGCCGAGUGGGCCGAGGUGUUCAGCCAGAUCGUGGCGGACGCACAGGUGCACGCCUCGCUGCGGGGACUCACGCACGUCCUGCUCAACCCGCCCUUAAAAGGGCCCGGCGGCAGUGUCGUCAAGCCUCUUCCCGCGGCCAACGUGCACCGGUACCGCAUCUCGUGGCGCGCUCAGAACCUCGACCGCUGGAUCUCGCCAUCGGUCGGGGUCUGCCACGGCCUAGAUGGCCCGAUCUGGUGGGCCAGCGGCUGGCGCGCCGACUGCACCGACGAGGACAAGGCGGUGAUCAAGCGCUUCCUGGCGCCGUUCGGUGCUUUCUUGGCUGGGGAGCCUCUCCCGGGCAGCAGCGGUGCUCGGUACAUCCAAUGGUGGCUGGAUCCGCGGGGCAACGUGGUUGAGGACAAGGAGGACGAGCUGUGGGACCGCGGAAUGCGCAUCUGGGACACGGUGUGGGCAUCACAGAAGGGCCUGGUGGCCAAGGAGAAAAGGGAAGGGAGCGAGAGCCGGUUGUAA